CUUCGAUAAAAAUGCAUAUUUCAACAUCCCUAUUUUGAGCCAAAAAGUUGUAUUUUUUUUGUGGACAACAAACGUCUCGCGUGUGAACGAAUAGAGGAAAUAAUGCUAGCUACGAUUAGCUAAACGGCGACUAGCGAUCGCCGUGCUAACGUAUUAAUACAACAGUUGCGGCAGUGAGGGCAAUAUUGCGGAAUAUUUAGUGCAAUAAUACACACAUUAGGUGGCACUCAUUCGAUGAGUGAGAGAGAACGAGAGGGAACGAGAUUCUGAGCGGCCGAUUGAUUUUGUGGCUCUCGCGAACUCAACUCAGACCUGAACGAGCCACCGAAACGUAAACAGAAUCGGAGAACCGCAGAAAAGACUCAACCCGAAAGUUAAGUUCCCACUCACAACAAAUAAUAAUAAUGUCGGCACAGGGCGAGGGCAGUGGUGGGGGCGGCGGUAGCGGUUCCGGUGGCGGUAGUGGUGGUGCGGCGGUCAGCGAGGGCGGCAAUCCGGGCAGCGGGAGUUCAGCUGGCGGCGCCACCGUAGUGGUCACCAAUGGCGGCAGCGGUGGCGGAGGAGGUGGUGGUGGCGGGAACAAGAGCCAGCUGCCGCUGACGCCGCGCUUCACCGCCGAGGAGAAGGACGUGCUAUACAACCUGUUCCAUCUGCACGAGGAGGUCAUCGACAUCAAGUACCGGAAGAAGCAGCGCAACAAGUACUCCGUCCGCGAGACCUGGGACAAGAUAGUCCGCGACUUUAACUCCCAUCCGAACGUCAGUGCCAUGCGCAACAUCAAGCAGAUCCAGAAGUUCUGGCUGAACUCCAGACUCCGCAAGCAGUAUCCCUACCGAGAGGGCGCCUCCUCCAAUCUCAGCUCUGGCAGUGCCAAGAUCAGCUCCGUUUCCGUCUCCGUGUCGGCGGCCGUGAACCAGCAGCAGCAGCAGCACCACGAGAGCGUCAAGGUGGAGCCGGAGUACCAGAUCAGUCCGGAUGCCUCCGAGCACAAUCCCCAGGCGGACACCUUCGACGAGAUCGAAAUGGACGCCAAUGACGUGAGCGAGAUUGACGAGGAUCCCAUGGACGCCCAGCAGCAGCAGCAGGAGGCCCAGGCCCAAGCUCAGGCCCAGGCCCAAGCCCAGCAGCAACAGCAGCAGCAGUCGGCGGCUGCCGAAAUGCAGAAGAUGCAGGUCUCCGCUGCAGUGGCCGCGGCCAACGCCACCAUGCUCAACACCCACCAAAUCAACGUGGACCAGAUCAGCGCCGACAAGCUGACCCUCAACGACCUGCUCCACUUCAAGACGGCCCGGCCGCGCGAGGAGAUCAUUCUGCAGAUCAAGCACCCGGCGGAGGGGACAGCCACGCAGAUCCACACGAUACCCUCCCAGCCGCAGCAGCACACGAUGGCCACCAUCACCGCCGGCGGCUACAACCAGCAGAUUAUCAGCGAGAUCAAGCCCCAGCAGAUCACCCUGGCCCAGUACCAGGCCCAGCAGCAGCAGCAGGCCCAGGCGCAGGCCCAAGCCCAGGCCCAGCAACUGGCGCAGCAGCAGCUGGCGGCGGCGCAGCAACAGCAACUGGCCGCCGCCGUCCAGGUGCACCACCAGCAGCAACAGCAGCAGGCCGCCGCCGCCGUGGUGGUGCAGCAGCAGCAGCAGGUCGCCGCCGCCCAGCAGCAGGCGCAGCAGCAGGCGGCGGCAGCGGCGGCCGUCAAGAUGCAACUGACCGCCGCCACGCCCACCUUCACGUUCAGCGCCCUGCCCACGGUGACGGCGUCGGCGACCGUGCCCGUACCGGUGGCCACCGCCACGGCGCCAACCAACCCGGGUGCCGGCAAUGGGGCGGCGGGCGGCGCCAACACCUCCGCGGUGAGCAACACCAGCCUGGUUGGCGGCGGGGGCGGCGUGGUGGCCGGCGGAUCAGUGGCCUCGGCCCAGGACAACUACGAGGAGCGGAUGAACUACUUCAAGGUGCGGGAGGCGGAGCUGCGGUGCAAGGAGCAGCAGCUGGCCACCGAGGCGAAGCGCAUCGAGCUGAACAAGGCCCAGGACGAGCUGAAGUACAUGCGGGAGGUGCACCGGCUGCGCGUCGAGGAGCUCAAGAUGAAGAUCCGCAUCCUGCAGAAGGAGGAGGAGCAGCUGCGCAAGUGUUCGGGGUCAUGAGACCUGGAGGACAUAAGCGAUGCCGACGAGGAGGAGGAGGAGGAGGAUCCCGACUCCUAUCUGGACCGUUACGGGUCCUCGGGGGGCUUCUAGUUCUAAGUUUUAGCUCUACCACACAGAUCCUUUGACCCUUUGACCCUCUGACCAUACCACCAUGAUGUUUUUUUUUUUGGAACUUAUCUGUUUAGUUGACACGGGGCGGGGGCCCGCAGCUGGCCAGGUUUAGCGACUAAGCCAUCACUAAUUGUAAAUCGAAUUCGCAAUCAUACACGGAAUUAUACAAAAAAUAGAGAGUGGGCGUGGCCACAUAAUCCACGACGAGAACUUGGAAA